GGCGAUCGUAUGUGGAACUUCGCUGUAGCCGUAUUUCUGGUGGGGCUGUAUGGCAACAGCCUCCUGCUCACGGCUGUGUACGGACUGGUGGUGGCGGGGUCAGUCCUGCUGCUCGGAGCCAUUAUCGGUGACUGGGUGGAUAAAAACCCCAGACUCAAAGGUAUGCAGCCAUAAGUAGGCUUACUCUACAGUGUGUCUGAACAGAACUGAAUACACUGAACAGGAAUUAACAAUAUACAUAGUCAAAACAUGACUUGAUCAUUCAUUUAAAAUGUUUGGGAUUAUUCUCUAUUCGAUACCAUUCAAAGAACCCAUUGAGUGAUUUACUCAGACAGAAAUCAAUUGUUUGUGACCACCAACCCUAUGUCUCUAAUGCUUAUCCUCUAAUCUGAUAGUGGCCCAGACUUCGCUGGUUGUCCAGAACUUUGCUGUCAUACUGUGUGGGAUCCUCUUGAUGGUGGUUUUCCAGUUCAAAGAACAGAUUGCAGAGUUAUACAAUGGAUGGGUUCUGGUAAGAUUGCAUUUCCUAGACUUUUCAUACUGUUAUGAUCAUUAAGUGGUCAUUUUAAACUGAUAACUGAAUGGUUAUUUGCAGCGAAAGCAUUUACCCAUUUGACAAGUACAAUGUUCUGACCUAAGUCUACUAUGAUGUGAAAUCCAGUAUGUAAUUUCAACAACCUUUACAUAUCAUUUCAGCCUCUGGACAGUAGCCUAGCCUACACAUUGAACAUUCGUCCCCCAUGAAUGAUGCAGCGCCCCCUCCUUAGGCCAAUUAGGAAUAUUAUUCAAAUUUAUGUUACGUGGAUUAAUGCGAAAGAGAAAAAAAAAACAUUGUCAACAUCACACUGGCUGUAUUUCUGUAUUUUGAAAGUUAUAUCUCUUGAAACUUGAUUGCUGACAUGCAAAACAUUUUGGGAAUAUAUCAACAAUGGACUAAUGAAACAAAAACCAAAAGAUAGUUUUGGGGGGGAGUUUUCCUUUAAUUGUCAACUGCAUCUGUAUGGAAUGACAGUGCCUAUAGAUAGUCUACACACCCUUUCAAAAUGUUCACCUUUUGUAAAUGGGCAGAGCUUAAAGAUCCUUAUGGGAAACUUGUUACUCAUGAGGAGAUGCAUGUAUGUACAUAUUGUCAUGACUGUAGCUCAAAAGGGACAUGGGCCUCAUUUAUAAACCGGGCGUACAUACAAAAUAUACCCCAAAAUGUGCAUGCGCCAGUUUUUAUGCAAAUGUUGUCAUUUAUAAAAAUGUAUCUUGAAGUGAGAAUGUGCUUAACUCCCUGCAAACUCUAGACCAUGCAUACCACAUCUGCUAGUGGUUUAAAUAUUGUAUUGCAACCUGGCAGGUAAGUAUAUUGUGCAAAUGGGGGAUAUGAUGAAAAGCUUAUUCAUAAAAAACAGGAAAACAUGUUAACAAGAAUGCAGCCAUUUGCCAUUAGUGAGAAGAGCGAAAAUCAGUUUUAUUUUUAGAAUCUUAGACAUAGGAAUCUUUUUCCUAUUUAUUUUAUUUUCAUAAUCAUUGCAGAGUAUAUUCCUCACUUUUUCUGGCCGUGAUGUGUUCACAUUCCCGACGUAGCCAGACAAGAAAUUACCAUGCGCAUCUCUCAUUUAAUUGGACCUAGUAGCCUAGGCUAUGUGUAUUUCACGUUUUGCAAUCCCAAAAUGCAGCGCGGUUUACAAUAUACAGUCGAAUUUAACAGGUAUUUUACAUUGAAGUAGGCCUAUGUAUGCUACUGUUAGUACUGUAUUAUUAUUAUUAAUAAUAUUUUUUAGACGUUUCAGAAUUCAAGGGCAGUACAUCAUAUUUAGGCUGGGGAAAAGUCGAUGCAAAACAUUGUUGAAUUCAAACGUUCUGCUGACAGGUCCACAACAAUUUGCCAUUGUUUUCUUCUAUAGAAACGGACAUAAUCCUUAGCCAGAAACAGUUCAUUUUUAAUUUUUUCAUUCUGCGAACAGAGUAAAUAGACCAGUAGCUUAUAUAAAAUAUUUGACAGUAUGGGUAGGCUACAGUAUUGGUGUGCAAUAGGAGCGCAACAUCAUUGUACUAUUUAAUCUCAGAGCCUAUACCAAGGCAGAACAAAGAAACUCACUAAUCUUUUGAUAAACUAAAUAUUGAACAACAAUGUGUCUUUUGCAUAGAAGUGUGGGCUGUAGCAUUUAGCCUACUUUUAAAUUGUUUCGAAUAUACAAUCAAUCUUGCAGAAUGUGCAGAAAGGCACUCGCUAUAUAGGCCGCAAGCAUGUUUAGUUUGAAAAAAAUCACUGCAAAAUAUCAAAACAUUCUGCCUACACCUCUACAGAAAUGUGAUCAAAAUUGACAUUGCUCUUUCUUAUAGAAACUGCCAUGGCCUAAUUCCAAUAGUUUCAAAUUAUACAUCAAAUAAAGGGCGUUAUUGUCACCAUAAAAGGUGAAUGAAGGGCGUUUUCUAGGCAGAGUUUUAAUGCUUGUUCAUGCGCACAGUUUUUUUACGACAUGUCUGAUUUAUAACGGGAAGCAGUGUCCUGCCUGAGUUGCUAAAUCAAAUCAAGGGAAAAUCUUUUGAUUCUUAAGAUUACGCAAGGAUUUGCCGGGAAACGUGUUUGGCUUCUUGAAGAGGCUCUUUCUUUUGGUGGAAUAUGUAGACCCAAAUGAGCAAAUGUAAUUUACAUUCUACAGCAAGUCUUUGUCCCAUGGAAGAAAAACUGUGCCUUGUUUUAUGGUUGAUAGAAGAAGACUGUUGCAAUAGCGAGUGUUACAAUCUGCUGGCUGCUACACUAUCAUGAUCAUGAACAAAGUGUCUCUCACGUGGUGUAGUUAGUGUAUUGUGGGACAAAUCGUGCAUUUGUGAAGGGGCCCUUGGAUUUUAAGGAGGGGGAGGGGGGUGCUGUACAUUUUCUGGUAUUUGUGUGUUUCUGGAGGUGGUGGUGAAACAGGAGAUUGAGUGUCUUGUUCAUGACUGUGUAGUCAGCGGAUUCUUCUAGGGCCGUCAUGUGAGAGAGGGAAAUGCUGCCUGGCCAGUUGAGCCAGUCCAUCUCUAUCCCCCUGGUCAGAACAGCUGCAAUUAUAAUGUACAAAAAAAAAAAAACAGCAGGCCUGUUUAUUUCAGUCUCACACUGGAUUAUGGUUGUUGAGUGUAAGAACACAUGUUGAGGCCAAAAAUAUUGUUGUUUUUUGAAAGUACAUUUAGAAAGGACAUUUGCACACCUUAAAAAUGUUUUUAUGUUUUGUUUUUUACCAAAGCAAACAAAAAUGUAUAGUUUUCUUGGUUUUCAGACAUGCUGCUAUAUCCUGGUCAUCUCCAUAGCCAACAUUGCUAAUUUGGCCAGUACUGCCAUGUCAAUUACCAUCCAAAGAGACUGGGUGGUGGUUGUGGCUGGACAGGACAGCAGCAAACUGGCAGGUCAGUCUCCAUGGGAAACCAGCCCAAAUCAAUAGGGCUCAUGUGAAAAGACCUUUAUCGCCUUGCAGUGGUGUGACCUUUGAACCCAAUCAAAGCUAAAUCACAAAUUCUUAUUUUAUAACUGUCCGUUUCACCUGGGUUCACCAAGGCUUUAAAGCAGAUAUUAUACAGUAAAAAUGCAUCAUUUCCGCACAGCUAAUCUCAAAGAAAUGGUUUCACAAGCCAUAAAUACUAACAGUUAACAAAUGACCAGAGCUGUGUGCUACAUUUUGCUUGUCUGCACCAGUGAAGUCAAUUAACCUGAAGUGUAUUGCACUGUAUAACCUUCAGGAAACCUAUAAAAAUCCCUGACAUGAAUUAGUGGAAAAACCAUAAAAUAACACUUUGGCUGUGUCCUAUCAUGUCACAGUCACUUAAAGCAUCUUCUCUACUAAAAGCUGUCAAUCAAGUCCUUUCAGAUAAGGUCAUAAGGUAAGCAGAUAAAAAUUAGAAGCCAUGUUUGACUCCUUGAACUUCUUCUGUCAGCAAAUAUUGUAAUUCAGGGAAACAUGUAACUUAAGACAGGGUUAUGGUUGGGCGGUAUCUAGAUGCUGUUCCUGUACCAUACCUUUAGGAUGCCCCAAACCCCAAAAAUGUAAUUAUUAUUUUUCACAGUAUUGAAAAUCACACCAUCGGUAUUUCAAAAUACCCUGGUAUACGGUAUACCGCCCAAACUUAGACAGGGUAAAGUAAAAUAUGAAUUUACUUUUCCUGUGGACAAUGGACAAUAAUGUAAUUAUGCUCUUAAUAGACAUGAACGCCACAGUGCGGAUCAUCGACCAGCUGACCAACAUUCUAGCGCCCAUGUUGGUGGGCCAGAUCAUGGCUUUCGGCUCCAACUUCAUUGGCUGUGGCUUUAUUGCGGGCUGGAACCUGUGCUCUAUGUGCCUUGAGUACGGUCUGCUAUGGAAGGUCUACCAGAAAACCCCGGCACUGGCCUUGAAGGCUGGCAAAAAAGAAGAUGACCAGGAACUGAAGCAACUUAACUCCCUGAAAGGUAUGGUCCUCAAUGAACAUCACUGACAGACAUGUCUUAAUGUCAAUGAACAUAAGUGUUCUUGUAAGAUCUUGCAAAAUAAAAUUGUCAACCAAAUAUACAUCUGUUGUUGGGCUGGCCCUCCCUUAGAGAAAGACUAAAUGAUGAGAUCUGAUCCGUGUACAGUCUUGUGGCCCCAGAACAGUCACUCAUGUCUGUCUGUUCUUCCUCCUGUGGUCUGCAGACCUGGAAAGCGGCAAGGGCCCAGUAGAGGGCUCCGAGCUCAUGAACGAGACGGCUGUCGUCAAGGCCGACUGUCCCAAGAAGACUGGCUGCUGCUACCAGAUAACAGAGCCCCUGCGCACCAUCCGCGAUGGCUGGGUGGCCUACUACAACCAGUCCAUAUUUUUUGCAGGCAUGUCACUGUCCUUCCUCUACAUGACGGUGCUGGGCUUUGACUGCAUCACCACGGGCUACGCCUACACCCAGGGCCUCAACGGCUCUGUGCUCAGCCUGCUGAUGGGCGCCUCAGCUGUGUCAGGCAUCUGUGGCACGGUGGCCUUCACCUGGGUUCGCAAGAAGUGUGGCCUGAUCCGCACAGGCUUCAUCUCGGGUGUGGUGCAGCUCUCCUGCCUAAUGCUGUGCGUGGCGUCCGUCUUCGCACCGGGCAGCCCCUUCGACCUCAGCGUUUCGCCCUUCCAGGACAUCUACAGCCACCUGACCGGGGACAGCGGCACCCUACCAGAGGCCGACCACCCGGUUAGCGUGCUAAACAUCGAUGAUCAGGGUCUGCUGGUCAACGGUUCGACCGCACUGCCUGCUGAAGAACUGCCGCCUCUGCAGUCCUACCUGUCAGUCAGCCUGCUGUUUGCAGGGGUUAUUGCUGCUAGAAUUGGUGAGUAACUCAAAAGUCCACACUGGGAAAAGUGCUUGAUGAGUGCUGCUAUGUCAUGUGUUAACAGUUACGUAGGCACAGAAGUUAAUUGUUUGAGGAAGUCUAAAACACAAUGUCACAGCCUUCUGUAGAGUAUGAACUUGUUGUAAAAGGCAGGCACCAGCCACCACUUGGAGGGAUGUCGGCUCCAGAUCCGGUGUUAAUGUCUCCACAGAGCAAUAUUGGCAACCUUUGAUUCCAAUAUCUGCUGAUAAUUACAGUCAUAGCGAUGAUUGUCUGUUCCUAUAUCAUUUUUAUGUGGCUGUAAAAAUGCCAAUCUAAAUGACUGCUGUGCUGUUUUCCCCUCUGCAGGUCUAUGGUCCUUUGACUUAACCGUGACCCAGCUCAUCCAAGAGAAUGUGAUCGAGUCGGAGAGGGGGGUGAUUAACGGUGUCCAGAACUCCAUGAACUACCUCCUGGACCUGUUGCACUUCAUCAUGGUGAUUCUGGCGCCCAACCCUGAGGCCUUCGGCCUUCUCGUCAUCCUCUCCGUCUCCUUCGUGGCCAUGGGCCACAUAAUGUACUUCAGGUUUGCCUUCAAGAGCCUCGGGCGGCGCCUCUUCCUCUGCUGCUCGCCAGAGCAGAAGGCCCAGACCCUCCCGGACUCUCCCUCCUCGCUUCCCACCAUCGUGUAA